AUGGCUGAUCAAGCAAAAGACCCAAGCCAAGAUGUCUCCAAUCCUCUUUUUCUACAUCAUUCGGAUGGGCCUGGCCUUGUUCUCACAUCUCAACCUCUUGAUCAUAAAAAUUACACCACCUGGAGCAGAGCAAUGCAAGUUGCCCUUUCUGUGAAAAACAAAUUGGCCUUCAUUGAUGGUACCCUCCCGAAACCUGCGAUUACUGAUUCAACCUUUGCUGCUUGGAAUCGUGCCAAUAACGUCGUCAUCUCUUGGCUCUACAAUUCUGUCUCCAAAGAUAUUAUUACUAGCAUCCUGUUUGCGUCUACUGCCCAAGAAAUUUGGGACGAUUUAAAAACAAGAUUCUCAAGAAAGAAUGGUCCUCGCAUCUUUCAACUCCGAUGCCAAUUGAUGUCUCUCCACCAAGGCAUGGAUGAUAUCAGCACAUAUUAUACCAAGCUUAAGUCAAUCUGGGAAGAAUUAUCUGGCUACAAACCAACCUUCCAAUGCACCUGUGGAGGACUUCAACAACUUCAAUCAUUUACUGAAUCUGAAUAUGUGAUGUCAUUCUUGAUGGGUUUGAAUGACUCCUUUUCUCAAAUCCGGGGUCAAAUUCUCCUUUCAGACCCCUUACCCUCCAUUGAAAAUUUUUUCUCUCUUGUUCUUCAAGAUGAAGCCCAACGUGAAAUUGCUGUCACUUCUUCUCCCCCUGUUGCUAAUUCAGAUAACAUUGCCUUUACUGUCAACUCUUCACAACCUGCAACUAGUAGGAACAGAUUCACCAAGAAAGAAAGGCCCAGGUGUGCACACUGCGACAUAUUGGGGCACACCAAAGAUACGUGUUACAAGCUGGUUGGAUAUCCUCCAAAUUAUUUCAAGAAUCGUACUACCAAUACUGUGAAUCAGGUUACGGGUAGCCCUGAUAACGUACUUACUUCUUAG